AGGAGGGAGAGUGAAUGGAGCCCGUUGGACCAGACCAAGUAAACUCUACCAAAUUUUAUCAGGAGGUUACCUUGUGUACUAGGUAUAGGUAUCCUUGGAUUUGCCGCCUUUCAAACUUCAUUCUCCAGCUUUAACCUUCCGGAACACAACAAUCUGAACCCUUUUAAAACUUAUCUGAUUGUCAGCCUUGUUGACAGCUGCAACCUCAACUGCAACUGCAACUGCAACUCUAACUGCUACCACAAACGACAGCGACCUCAAUAUUCUCCGUCCUAUCUUUUAAACUUCAUUAGAACUUCUUUGGAGUCUUCGUUUGAAUCUACUCAAAUCUGCCCAGGAGCUGAUGCAACUACACUACUAAUUUCACGAGUUAAAUUUGUACUUGCUUACCUACUACUUUAAGGGUCCAAUUCGCCAGUGUUGCAACAAACUCCCCUUUCCCUCAGCCUCUUUUCGCCAUCCGAUUUCCUAUUCUGAUUGCGGAAAUUCAGCUACGACUGAUCCUUUUGUGACACUGAGGUCACCAAUAAAUUACAUAUUCCAUCAUUCUUUACACCGUUCGCCAUCAUGGACGGCGAGGACCAGCCUAAAACCCCGCUGACCCCACUUGCGCCAGCGGGCAUCGAGAGCAGAAUGCAAGUCGAUAAUGCUUUGCGGGCAAUCCAUCAGAAGAAACCUGUGCCAGAGAUUGACUUUACUCUGCAUACUAUGGAAGAUGGAAGUCAAGUGAGCACAAUGGAAAGAGUUUGCAAAGGUAUGGUUCAAUCUAAGAAGUGCUGCCGUCGGUGAAUGAUGCUGAUUAUACAUGUUUGCAGAUGUACAAGCACCUGCUAUGGUUCCGCCGACAGAUCAACAGUUCUUCUCACCACAAGAUCCAUCCAAGCCAAAUUUACAAUUCUUGAAGCAACAUUUCUACAGAGAGGGUCGCCUGACCGAGGAGCAAGCUCUGUUCAUCCUUGAGGAAGGUACAAAAGUAUUGAAGCAGGAGCCUAACCUUCUGGAAAUGGAUGCGCCAAUCACUGUAUGUGGUGAUGUUCACGGGCAAUAUUAUGACUUAAUGAAACUUUUCGAGGUUGGUGGGGAUCCUGCUGAGACCAGAUAUCUUUUCUUGGGAGAUUAUGUCGACAGAGGCUACUUCAGCAUUGAAUGUGUCUUGUAUCUUUGGUCUUUGAAGAUCUGGUACCCAAACACCUUGUGGCUACUUCGAGGAAACCAUGAAUGCAGACAUUUAACAGAUUACUUUACAUUCAAGCUUGAAUGUAAGCACAAGUAUUCUGAAAGAAUCUAUGAAGCAUGUAUGGAUUCAUUCUGUGCAUUACCUUUGGCUGCGGUUAUGAACAAACAAUUCUUGUGUAUUCAUGGAGGUUUGAGUCCUGAGCUACACACCUUGGAUGAUCUUAAGAGCGUAUGCACGCCCAUUAUACCCUUUUUAAGAACAUUAUUGACUUAAAUUGGCAGAUUGAUCGAUUCCGUGAACCUCCCACUCAUGGUCUUAUGUGCGACAUCUUAUGGGCAGAUCCACUGGAAGAAUUUGGGCAAGAAAAAACCUCCGAAUUCUUCAUUCACAAUCACGUCAGAGGUUGUUCGUAUUUCUUCUCUUACCCUGCCGCAUGCAGUUUCCUGGAGAAAAACAACCUCCUUUCAAUUAUUCGAGCACACGAGGCACAAGAUGCUGGUUACCGAAUGUACAGAAAGACUCGAACAACCGGAUUCCCCAGUGUUAUGACUAUAUUCUCGGCACCCAACUAUCUCGAUGUCUACAACAACAAAGCCGCUGUGUUGAAGUACGAGAACAAUGUUAUGAAUAUCAGACAGUUUAACUGCACUCCUCAUCCUUACUGGCUACCAAAUUUCAUGGACGUUUUCACCUGGUCUUUACCCUUCGUCGGGGAGAAGAUUACAGACAUGUUACUUGCAAUCCUCAGCACUUCCUCGGAAGAUGAGCUCAAGGAUGAUCAAACUCCAUCAAGCACUUCUCCGGGUCCCAUAUCACCACCCAUCAAUUCUGCAAUGGAUCCGGAAUCUAUCGAGUACAAGAGAAGGGCUAUUAAGAAUAAAAUUCUUGCAAUUGGUCGUCUUUCGCGAGUCUUCCAGGUUUUACGAGAAGAAUCCGAGAGAGUUACUGAAUUAAAGACUGCAGCUGGUGGUAGACUUCCUGCUGGAACUUUGAUGCUUGGAGCAGAAGGUAUCAAGAGCGCCAUUAGUAGUUUUGAGGAUGCACGAAAGGUUGAUUUGCAAAAUGAGCGUCUCCCUCCCAGCCACGAAGAGGUCACGAGACAAAACGAGGAGGGACGGGAGCAAGCAUUGGAGAGGGCAAAGAGGGAGGCUGAUAAUGACAAGGGGCUACAAAUGCUCUCCAGAAGGCUUAGCACGUAAGUCAAACUUGAAUCCUAUUCAGCCAUUUUCUACUAACUGAUUCUGUGGGUAGUGACCGUAAGAAAUAAUAAGGUACAAAUAUACAAGGGGAAGAAAGGAAUUGCGGUCACAUCAAUGGCACUUUGGGAAGCUACCAUGAGAAUCGAUUUAAGUCAUAGAUACAUCUUGAUGAAUUGCGUACUAAGACGAUUGAUGAAUUAAUUGCACACAACGUCGAGUUCAAGUUUAAUGUUCACUUUUGAGCCUGUG